UGUUACUGGUCGGAAGAUGUUCUUGACUAUAGAGGAGAGGAAUCUAUAUAUAGCAAAGGAUAGUGGGCAGGGGUCUGUGAGGAGAGGGGUCGUGAGGGAGGAAAGAGCCCCUUCAGGAGAAGGAGGCUGCCGUUGUGUGAAUUAGAUGAGGAAACAAGAUGAACAAGAUCUGUUAAUUCAGGGAGGGAGGGGAAGACAGAUGUGGGGGGAAGCAAGUGGAGGAGAGAGAAAGAGAGAGAAAGGAAGAGGGGUAGAGAAAGAAGGAAGGGCGAGGGAUGGGCCCGAGCCUGUCAGCGGCCUGAGGGGAACUAGUGGCCAUGGCGGCGGCAGCAAGGAAGGGCCCAGUCAACCACUGCUGCUGUUUGGGGCUACCGAGGCCAUUGACGGAGGGAGGGAGGCAGGCAAGGGUCAGGCCCAGCCUAUCAGUGGCCUGAGAGGAACGAGCAGCCAUGGGAGUGGCAGCAGCAAGGAAGGGCCCGGUCAACUGCUGCUGCUCCUGUGGGGAGGAGCAGGAGUGGGGCUUGGGUGAGUGUGUGGAGCUCUCUGGGGAUAGGGGGCUGCAGCUUGGCCAAUAGGUGCCAGCAACGCUGCAGUUGUGACCAAGAGGAAUGAGGGGGAUGGAAGCAACAGGGUGGAGGAGCAGGAGCAGGAAUGCGGCUCAGUAUAAGGAAGCCCAGCAGAGGAAAGGAAGAAGCCCAGUAGAAGAAAGGAAGAGACCACCUACUCCCCAUUCAGUGCUGCCCAGGGUGACAGCCUGUGCAUGUGUGCUGCUUGCUCCUUCUGCUGCUACCUGCCUGCUCCUUGCUUCCCCUGUGGGACUGUGGCCUGCUGCCUCUGUGGAACAUCUGUGGGGAAUGUAAGUUUGAGAGAUGCUCUGGCUCUCUGUGAUUAUUUUGAGGCACAGAAGCUGAACUUCUGGGGCAAGAAGGUUAUAGAGUUGGGUGCUGGAACUGGCAUUGUGGGCAUCCUUGCUGCCCUCCUUGUAGCCCACCAGAUGCCUCUUGGAAGCCCCAACCAGGAAAAGAAGGCAUGCUCCCUCUCCUGCUGUUCCUCCCCUACAACUAGUAUUCAGAGGCCACUUGACUCUAAAUCUGAAGGUGGAGAUGUGACCAUUACAGAUCUUCCUGUAGCCUUGAAGCAGAUAGAGGAGAAUGUCCACAGGAAUUUGCCUGUGGAAUGCGUGGCACGCACUAGAGUUUGUGCUCUGUCAUGGGGUCUGAACCACAAGGAGUUUCCUAACAACUUUGACUUCAUCUUGGGUGCAGAUAUUGUCUAUCUCAAGGACACUUAUCCCUUGUUGAUAAGGACACUCCAGUACCUGUGUGGUCCUCAGACUACAAUCUACUUGUCUUCCAAAAUGCGCCAGGAACAUAGUGCCAUGAUUUUCUUCGAAAAUCUGCUUCCUAGGCACUUCACCUCAACAUUGGCUUUUAGGGAUGAGAAUGAGAAUAUUAACAUAUACAAAGUGACCAGCAAAAGUAACAUCUGAUGACUAGUUUCUCUGUUCGCUGUAGAUAAUGACAAAUGUUGCCUUUACCUUUUUUUAAAUUGAGGCUUGUUAGUCCACAAGCCUUAGAUGUGUAAACCACUAAUCUGCGCUAGUUGUUAUCUAGUUAUCUACCCAGCAGUGGGUGACAACAUUCCAGUAACUUCACUUGAAUGAUGUAGUCCAGCAAAUACUCAGUUUCCCUUUCAGAUCCCAGUGUUUACAAAUGUACAUUUCCAUUGUGCUCCCUACUCAUAUUUGGCAAUCCCCAUCCCCACCACGGUAGUUCUCCAUUCUUCUGUUAGGUUUCCACCUCCAUGCUUUAAACUCUGCUUGGGGAAGUAUUUGGGAGUGGGUGCAGUUCUCCAGUGUGUGAUCUUUCUGGCUGGAAUUUCUCUCCAGUUGAAAGGAUUAUUAAAAGCACUAGGUGAGGGCUGCCCAACUUUGGCCCUCCUGCAGAUGUGGGACAACUCCCUUUGGUUGCUGUGGCUGGGGAUUAUGGGAAUUGUAGUCCAAAAACAGCUGGAAGAAUGUUGUUGUGCAGCCCUGCAAUAGGCAUAUGAAGAGGAGGUCCUUUCCUACCUCCCUAAAGUUUGUCUAUCCUUGGAAGUGUGCAUCUGAGUCAUCCUGGAGAGAAGAUGGGUUGACGUUUGUUCCUAGCUCUACAUUGCAUGGUGCUGUGGAUUUCUUGCUGCUAUUAACAGAAUUUGUAAAACCAAAGUUAUCUAAAAUACUGAUCCUUGCUCCAGAAAAGACAGGUGUGUCACAGGCAAGUGAAGUGAAGCAAUGCCCAAGUGCAUUAAGAUACCAUGAUGCCUUAUCUGACAUUUUGAGACAUGGGUUUUUUCAUUCACUUUUUGUACCAUUAGAUGAUGGAUAUAAUGUUUCUACAAAGAAAAUGUUAUUUAAGAAGUGGGCUUAACACUGAACUGCACAUGCCUAUGCACCAUAUUUUUUUAUCUCAUAACAUGUGAUCCAGUUCUUAACUUUUAGGGACAUAUGCUUCAGUUUAGUAUGUUCAAUAUUUUAAGGAAGCUAUGCAUGUGGAUAGUCUGUGUGAGCUUUCAUUUUAACAUGUUAAUUACAGAAGCUGUUCAAGUAACAUUC